AUGACGCACUCCACCUCCUCCUCCGGUUCCUCUUCCUCCAUCGUCGCCGGCGACGUGAGCGGCUACCACGUGCUGAAGAUCGUCGGCUACUCGCGCACCAAGGAAGUCCCCAACGGCAAGCAGAUUGAAUCUUGCCCUUUCCGGGUGGGCGGCCGCACGUGGCGUCUGCGUUACUGUCCCAACGGGUGGAAGCCCGACAGCACGGACUACAUAUCCCUCUUUCUCUGCUUGGAUGAUACCGUCACCGGCACCGAACCCGUCAAUGCACAAUUUAGUUUCAGUUUACUCGAGCAAGAUGGAAAUCAGGUGCCUUCCUACUGUACCAUCAAGAAUAAUUCCGAAGCAUCUCCUGCCCGCGACUUCGCUGUAGGUAAAUCUUGGGGACACCAUAAUUUCAUCAAAAGGGGGGAGUUGGAGAAAUCAAAGCAUCUCAAAGACGAUUCCUUCACUGUCAAGGUCGACAUUACCGUGAGAGGGUUCUACAAGCAGGAGACACCAUCCAUCGUGGUGCCACCAUCUGACAUGCAUCGGCACUUCGGAGAUCUCCUGUCGACCAAGGAGGGCGCCGACGUUGAAUUCCGAGUCGGUGGGGAGACGUUCUGGGCGCACCGGUACGUGCUCGCGGCACGCUCUCCAGUUUUCAGAGCAGAGCUGUUUGGUUCGAUGAAGGAGGGCACCACCAAAAAUGCCAUACACAUAGAUGACAUGGAAGCAGAGGUGUUCAGCAAUUUGCUUAUUUUCAUCUACACUGAUGAUGUACCGCCUGAUACAAGUCAACUAGAUGAGUAUGCCAUGGCUCAGCAUUUGCUUGUUGCAGCAGACAGGUACGGUUUGGAGAGGCUCAUGCUGAUCUGUGAAGAUAAGCUGUGCAAUAGUAUCGAUACGAGCUCCGUGACGACCAUCUUGGCACUGGCAGAGCAGCACCACUGCCAUGGGCUUAAGAAGGCAUGCUUGGUGUUCUUGGGCUCUCUGACGAAUCUGAAUGCCGUCAGGGAGUCUGAGGGGUUUGACUACUUAACCAAGACAAUGAAGGAUCUCCUCAUAUCCAAGCGAGAAGUUUUUCGCUUUAAAACUGAGGCUAAGUUUGACAGUGCAACGGAGGCUUAUGCUGGCCUGAACCAAUAUGUUAAAGUAAAAACUGUACAACCGGAGUCCGAGUUAAUUCAAAGAGAGGUGAGAAAGGAAGGAAAGAGAAAAAUGCAAUACAACAUUGCACUCCAAUUCCCUAAUCAAGGACAUACCAUCUACUCCUGCAUUGGAGCAGCGGUUAAACCAAAGUAUCAAAUCAUCACCGAAUCUCCGGGUGGUGAUGUCGAGUUCCUCAUCCUCGUGUGGCAAAAUGUUCCAGUGGACCGCAACGACGACCGUGGAGCGUGGAGCGAGCGAACUUUGGCUCUAUUUGGAUCCAUGGACUAG